CAAGCGACAGAGGCCAGGUGUGGUGUGCAUUGGUGUGGUGUGCAUUGCAUGCAUAAAAGGUUGUUGGUACCCAGCAUUUUUGGAAUUUGCAAAAUACUUUUCGCCGCAUGUCAACUUCGCAUGGUCCACACGCACGCAUCACGCUGCCUUUCUUUGCAGAUCACGCAUCACGCUGCUGCCUUCUUUGCAGAUUACACGUUGAGACUAACCUCACGGGCCCCACUUCGCAGGCGUGCAGCGGGUAGAGAACGGGCAGCAGCGGCCAGAGCCGCGGCCAGAGAUGCCGAGAGGGCCAGGCGAGAGAGGGAGGCUAAUGUGAAGCGGAGAGAUCUUGCGGAGUUUCACGCUGCUAGGCCGCUGGAAAAGUUGGGUUGGGCCAGAUUAGAGAUGCAAACGAAUUUCCAGCAGCCCAUGACCGCCCGGAGGAUGCACGUGUGCACAGUGUGCUCUGAACGUUGGGACACCGCAGAGGACGGACCAGGGGACGGACCAGGGGACGGAGGUGCCGUCUACAGUUGUCCGCGGUGCAAGAAGGACAAGAAGAGUCCGAAGCUGUUCUCCGCCGACAACACCAUGGAUCCUGGGAGCGUACCCGUCGAGCUCCAGGGCCUGACCCAGACGGAGGAGAUGCUCAUCGCGCGGUGCUGUCCGAUCAUGCGCGUCCUCCACCUCAAGGGUGGGCAGCUAGGGUACGGUGGCCAUGUCGUCAACGUCGCUCAGGACAUCAGUACCUUAGCCGCUGCCCUCCCCAGGUUGGCCGCCGAUGUACCGAUCAUCAUCAUCCGGAGGGAGGGGCAGGAACCCGGCCAGCACAAGGACCUACACGUGCGGAGGGCUCGCGUGCAACGGGCUUUGCAAUGGCUCAUUGCCAACAACCCGUACUACCGCGACAUCGUCCUUGACAACACGGCCCUAUCCCAGCUCCCCGUCGACGGGCAACUACGUGGACUGCGAACCACCGUCAGCGGGGGAGACUCGGAGCGUGACCUUGGCCCUCGGGGGGAGGGGGGAGGGGAGGAGGACGGCGAUACCCCCGAGGACACGGAGUCCUUUAUGGCUCCGGCAGGCAAGAGCAUGCUCGAGGACCGCGCGAUUGAAGCAGCCCUGCGGAGGCAGGUGAGGGAGAGCGGGGCGGAUGUUCCGGUCAACGCCUGGCCUGGGAUGGAGGCGACCGCCCUGAACGAGUUCAAGACAACAGGCCUCGCGUCCAUGGCCUUCCCCGCCCUCUUCCCAUGGGGGAAGGGAGACCCCACCGACCCGGCACGGUCCAGGAGCGUCAAGCCCACCGACGGCAUGAGACACCUUCUCAAAUUCUUCCGGGACGGUCGCUACCGCUUUGCAUCUCACCCCCGUUUUCCUCACUGGUGCCAGAACAUGCUCGAACGCCACAGGAUGCUCAGCCAGGCGCAGGUCUACCUCAAGCAAAACCCAGGGGACGCCGCCAUGACGAUAGAGCACAUGAGGCAUCUGUUCCGGUCGGGUUCGCCGCUGGCGCAGCAGCUCACACAGCGCAUGUGCCGGUACGGCGCCAACAUCACCGGGUCUAGGCCGUACUGGUACGCCAAGCAGCAGGAGCUCCAGGCGAUUUUUGCCACCAAGGGCUGCGCUACUCUCUUCUUCACGCUCUCUGCCGCCGACACCCACUGGGACGGCCUCUUCGACCUGAUGCCACCAGGGUACCAGGACUCCCCAGCGGGCAAACGGAGGGCCCUCAUUGAAAACCCGCAUAUCGCCGACACCUACUUCGGCAACAGGGCGGACGCUUUCACCUCCGCCUUUUUCGGCGGUGUACUCCAAGCCCAGUCGCUGUGGUACAGGCUUGAGUACCAGGGGAGGGGUAGCACGCACGCGCACGGAUGUGCCUGGCUCCAAGACGAUCCCGGUAUCGUCAACCUCGUCUGCAAAGCGUACGCUGGGAGGAAGGCGGCCGAACGGAUGGAGGCGGCCGAGGGCCUGGCCGCCGGACAGGGGGGGAUCGGCGACGAGGAAGAACGCCAGGCUCUGGAGCGAGCCGUCGCCGACGGCAAAACAGCGGACGACAAGGUUUGCAGAUACGCCGAUUGGCUCAUCUGCACCGUCAACACUCGGUCUACGGAGGAGCGCGCCGCCCAUCCGGGGGGAGUGCCAGACCCUCACCCAUGCUCCGUCAACCCCUUCAAGCACGGGCCUGUCAGCGACGAGGCCACAGGCCGUGCCGACAUCGACGGACUCAUCAACUGCUGCCAGCGCCACGUUUGCCGUCCUGAAGGGUACUGCAAGCGCGCUGGGCGGCAGGGGUGUCGCUUCGGCUUCCCGCACGAGUGUCAACCCGAGACCUCCUUGCAGUUCGAGGAGAUGGACAACGGCUCCGUGAGAGCCACCAUCAAAACCAAGCGCAACGACGGCAAUCUCAACAGCUACUGCCGCCUUGCUCUCUCUCAUUGGCGGGCGAACAUCGACUUCCAACUCAUCUUGGACUGGGACCAGGCGGUGCGGUACAUGGUGAAGUAUGUGAGCAAAGGAGAGAAGCGGUCGCCCGCCGCCGCCGACGUCUUCGCCCGGGCCAUCGGUCGCGCGGACGAUGACGCUGACGAGGCGCAAACAGUCCUGCGAAGCGUGUUCCUCAAGUGUACGGGCGAGCGCGACAUUUCCGCCCAGGAGACGGCACGGCUGCUCCUCGGGAACAAGCUGUGCUCUUCUUCUUUCAGCUUCGUACGCCUCGUCGUCGACCCUUCCACCAGCACACGCCAGGUUAACCUCGACGGUGCGGCGGGGGAGGGCGCCCUCAAGAAAUCCAUGCGGGACCUCUACGCCGGCCGGCGCAGCGUCAUCGACAAGUACCCAUCCAUCAUGGAUGUUAGCUACUUCCAGUUCCACCAGCUGUACACUCGAGACCGGGGGGGGGGGGUCACGGCGAGAGACGGCGCGGGCAGCCUCGUCGUCAUCAAGCUGCCUGCCCUGCCGUGCUCUCCGGGGAGCGCGCGGCAUCUUGAGGCCUGCCGCAACAACCUCUUCGCCCACAGGCCAUGGGAGGAUGAGCCGACAACAGCCUGCCGCGACAUGGGGGCAGUCACGGACCUGGAUGCCUCAGCCUCCAUCUCCGGAGAGGAACCCAAGCUCGCCCUGCUGUGGGACGCCUUCGUCCAAGCCAACCAAGACCUGCCCGAGCUGCGCUUCGGCGACAUGCUGGCAGGGCGGCUGUCUCUUGCCCGCCGAGAGGCCGCGUCCACGGCCGAAGACGACGACGACGACGGCUUGCUCUUAGACCAGCCCGACGAUUGGAUGGAUGGGGCCAACAUGCGGCGAAGAGGCGCCGCCAGGGAAGAACAGGAGGUUGACACAAGGUGGGACGCUGAAUACAACUGGGCCGGCGCCCGAGCGACUGAGGUCCAACAUGAGCUGGAGAGAGGGCCAACGUGGAUUGCGAACGCCAAGAAAGCUGCAGCCGGCACUGGCCCCGCCACCGAGAUUCCUCAUGUGGCUCCGGACUCUCUCAAUGAGCGGCAACGCAAUUGCUACGACGUCGUCAGGGACCACUUCGAGAACGAGCGCGAGGAGCCACUGCGCAUGAUGGUUCUCGGGACGGCAGGCACGGGGAAAUCAUACCUCGUGUAUGCCCUCUCCAGGCUGCUCGGCGGCUUCCUUCGACGGGCAGCUCCAACCGGUAUGGCGGCCUUCCUCAUCGCCGGCAGCACGCUGCACAGCCUCCUCCGACUGCCGGUGAGGCAAGGAAGGAAUCUCCAGGGUCAAAGCCUCAAAGCCCUGCAGAAUUCCCUUACUGGCGUCAAGUACAUCAUCAUCGACGAGCUAUCGAUGGUCAGCCAGUCCCAGAUGGCGUGGGUCGAUCGACGUCUGCGACAAGGGACAGCUGUAGACAAACCCUUCGGCGGAAUCUCCCUGAUCAUGACCGGCGAUCUGGGCCAGCUGCAACCGGUGGGAGGAACUCCGCUGUACAAGCAAAACCCAGCUGCCGCGCUCAACGUUGAAGGCUAUGCCGCCUACAGCCUCUUCCAGGACGUCUUCAUCCUUGACAGAGUUCAGCGGCAGACGGCAGCCGCCGCCAACGACGACGACCAGAGAGGCUUCAUCGAACUGCUGCCGCGUGCGCGUGAUGGACAGCUUUGCGACGAGGACUGGGACCUCCUCCUGAAGAGACAGCCCAACCGCCUGACCGCCGCUGAGAAAGCGGCUUUCGAGGACGCAACGAGGCUCUUCUACUCCAAGAAAGAGGUCAACAAGUACAACGGCAAGAAACUCCGGGAGCUGGACAACCCCGUCGCUCGUGUUAGCGCCGUCCACACGGGCGCGAACGCCAGGAGGGCGACAGCAGACACCGCGGAGGGGCUCGAGAGGGACCUCUACUUAGCCAAGGGAGCGAAGGUUAUGCUCUCGAAGAACCUGUACCAACAAGUUGGGCUGGUGAACGGCAUUAGAGGCGAAGUCGUCGAGUUGGUGUGCGCAGAUGAUGCGCCCCCGCCGAAGCUCCCCCUUUACGUUGUCGUCAAGUUUGAAGGGUACUCGGGGGGGGAAUGGUCGUCUCAGGAGAGGUAUAGACGUUGUGUCCCUAUUUCUCCCGUCGACACCACCUGGCAGGACGGGGGGACGCAGGUCAGGACGCAGCUGCCCCUUAGGCUCUGCUGGGCAAUUACGAUGCACAAGUCCCAGGGGCAGACUUUAGCCAAGGCCGUCAUUGACUUGGGGCCCAAGGAGGCCUGCACGGGGCUUACUUUCGUCUGUCUCAGUAGGGCGAAGAGACUUGUGGACCUCAUGGUAGAGCCCAUGAGUUUCGACAGGAUUGGUAACCUUGGAAAUUCGCCGACGAUGAAGGCUAGGCUGCAGGAAGAGGUUAGACUUGGGGAGUUAGCACAGAGUACGAGGGUCAAGUACACGGACAUGGGCGUCUUCAGCGCCGUCGCGGGUAACCAAUGACGUGAAUUGCAAAGAGAAAAAGAAGAAGAAAGGGUCUCUUCCACCUCCCGCGGACGCACACGUCUGACGACAGUUACAUCUAUCAGCUGUCGCUCGUUUUAGCGACAGCUACUAUAUCUUUGACAUUAUG